ACGGACGCCGAUUAAUUUCGCGCUUUAACGAAGGGUUGUAAGAUCGAUCGCGACAAUCCGGUUUUACUUUUAUAGUUAAUCUUACAGAAUAUUACUCGUAUGUGUUGUGUAUUUUGUGAUCGUUCCUAGUUGGUUAAUUUUACGUUCGCGUGCAGCCAGAGACUAUCCCAGUAUCCCUGAACGGAUUUACUAUAGUUACCAAGUGAUUUUAUUUGUUAUAGUUUUCGAACGGCAGGCUUGCAGCACGCAGCAGAAGAGUUUUUCAAGCUGAAGCAUAUAGCUAUAAGCUGCAAAAUACAGUACUAUUUAUGGAUUGUUUAAUCGAAUUUUAUAAACUUUUCGCGCCAGUGGUACUGCUGGUAUUAUACAAUGUUGGCGGAAUUUCGGCGUCCUGUUAUAACAAAUACGUCAUUAAAAGAGGACUGUCAUGCGAAGACAAGCAGUUGAUAUUAGAAAUGCAUAAUCAGUUGCGACAAUCAGUUGCUCUAGGACAAGUUCAAGGCCAGCCGGGUGCUUCCUCGAUGAUGCUCAUAUCUUGGGAUCAAGAAUUGGCCAAUAAAGCUCAGCAGUUAGCGGAUUCUUGUAAUUACGGCCACGAUUCACUUUCAGCGCGAUCAGUUCAACGAUUCUACGUUGGACAGAACAUCGCCACCACGUGGUCGACGUGGGAAAGAGAUUCUGUAGCUGAUUUUGCAACUCAAAUAAAAGCGUGGUUUAACGAGGUAUACGCUUACCGAUUUAAUAGCGGAUUUAGCCACGAAACUGGUCAUUAUUCGCAGAUGGUCUGGGGUGAUACGUACCUCAUCGGUUGCGGAUUCACAUAUUUUUACGACGGCUAUAGGUACCAGAAAAUUUACGUCUGCAAUUACGGCCCUGGCGGUAACGUUGCCGGUAAAGCUCCUUAUUAUCCCGGGCAACCUGCUUGCGACACGCACGGUAUGAUCGGUUCCUCGAAAUAUUACGGAUUAUGUGAUUCUUAUAGAACUUUCUAUCCGGAUUACACGUGCUAUAAAUACUAAAUUCAAAAAAAAAAAAAAAAAAAUGAAAAACAACGUGUCACCUACUCGUAUGUAUGUAUGUACUAUGCUCGUAUGUACUGAUGAUGAAGGUGGUGCGAAACAGUCUAGUCCUUGGUGAUGAUGAUGAUGAUGAGCGUACAAAAUGCUCAGCCAGCAAAAUCAUUAAAGCAUUUCGUAUUUUGUUUAUAAAUCAUUUUUGUCUCGCUUUAAAAAAUAUAUGUACGUAUAACUAUA